AUGAUCACCGAACUGAUUAAAGAUUAUGACCAACUGGUGUCGGGCUGCUUCACGCAGAACAGGCAGCUUGAUGAAGAGGUGAAGCGAACAUCCGCAAAGGUGGCCCUCCUGGCGGUUUCCGAGAAGAACCAGGCUCUGGAACGUGUGCAGUCCCUUGAACGGCAAUUGCAUGCAAAUUCUCGAGUUCUGAAGCUUGAAGCUCAGUUGCAAGAGAAAGUGAACGAAAGACAGCAGGCCUCCUCUCCAGACAAUCAACUUUCCACGCAAAUGGCUGGUUUGCAGCUCAAUCCGGCUGAAGGCGACCGGUCUCAAGAGGUAUCGGGCCAAUCUGCAUAA